GCGUCGCUCUCCGCCCUGGGCAGAGAAAACUACGGGUGUUGCUCGGUGUGUUUGGUUCGGGAGACGGCCGGUUGUUGAUUUUUAAGGACUGAACAGUCAACGUCAGUGUAAACACUAACAUUUCUUCGCGUAGUAACUCAACAGGACAAUGAAUGGUAAGUCAACGAACGGUUCGCUGGGAGGAAUGGCCUGUAUCGAGGGUCUGCCCCCGCUGCCGAAGAGCCUGAGCGGCUUGCUGAACUCCAGCGGCGGCUCCUGGAGAGACAUGGAGAGGAUGUACGUAAAGAAAACCAUGAUCCAGGACGACCUGAGCCGAGGCAGGAACAACGCCGACAACCUAAUGGCGAACAAGCCGGCCAACCUGGACGCUGCUCUGGCUCUUCUGCGGAAAGAGAUGGUGGGUUUGCGUCAGCAGGAUAUGUCCCUGCUGUGCCAGCUGUGGUCGCUCCAUGAGUCGAUCCAGGAGUACAAGGGCAGCUGCCAGGACCUGAGCGCCGCCUCCAGCCUCAGCAUGAUGGAGAACGGCUACUUCGACGAAGAUGACGAGUAUUACCCAGAGCCUGGCGCCACUCCCACCGGGGAACAGCCAGAUGGAGAGGUUGGAGACGGGACGGCAACAAUGGCCAAGAAUGGGAGCAGCAGCGGCAAAGACGACAGCUGGGACUCCUUUCACGUUACCAUCUGAGGCCUCAUUCUCAGCAUUUUUCUGCAGAUGGAUACUUAUUUUGGGGCGACUGAGUUAAACAGGAGGAAAAGUUGAGUAGAUCUGGAAACCUUUUGGGAACUGGCCAGUUAGAGAUAGCAGCUUAUGGUAUCUGGUUACCAUAACAGACUAUAGACAUAACAGACUUCGGCUCCUCCUCAGGUGAAACACACCCCUGCUUAUGCUGCAGAAGGUUUUUUUGCAGCGUGACCAGGAGCUUCUUCAGACUGCGGAGCUGAGACGCCGUGUGUUAGGAUGUGUGGUUUGUUAACACCCUCUCACCCUCUCAAACUCAGGAGUUGAGAUGGAUUGUAUUCCCAGACUCCAUAUACUCAAAAUUAGGCCAUAUAUAUUUCCUUCUAUAAACAGCUGCUGCUUCAAUAUCAAGUGGUUUUUUUAGCCAGUCACCCUUUUUGGCAGAACUUUUUUACAUAUACAAUAUAUAUGAACAAAGUUGUAUUAUUUAUUAAAUAAUAUAAAUAACGAGAUGUUUGCUUUCCUUACACUGUACGGACGUUUUGUACUGCAACUCUACCCAGAUACAAGGGUACAGCAUUUACAGGUUGGCAAUUGGGACUUCAAAAGUGAACACAUAGGAUGGGACUUCUGAACUCUGCAAUCGUUGUUCAAAGAGAUGGUCGACUGUGAACUAGCUGAUGGAGAGUGUGUGUUGCUUUUUAAGUGGUGAAAUCAUACAUUUGCAAAAUUUCAGAAGUUGUCAGACCACAAGAAUGCACAAAGAGGUGAAGUCCUCAAACCUGUUCACGGUGAAAAAAAGCUUGAAAACUUGACUGAGUUUUGGUACAGGAGUGAGGGCUACACUUUUUUGCCUUUAAAAAAAAAAAAAGAAAAUGUGAAAUAUUCAAAAUGCUGGAAACAGGUUUGCAUAGGUGCAAAACCUGGAAGCCCAGUGCACUAAGCUGCAGAUUGUGUGCUUCCAUGAACCUUCAAAGCUGUUGGUGCUUGCGUGCAUUACAAGCAACUUUGAUGUGUCAACUGUUUUCUGACUGGGUGGUGUAAAAGGUCCAGAUGGGUUUGAUCUGGCAAAUGAUGCAUUAUACUGCUGUGUUAAUCCCUUUCAUGAUCGAUCAAUCUUGUUUCCAUAGUUAUGACCAUUCCUAUCAAUAAGACGUUUGUGGUCAUAAAGUUAAUUACUGAAAUCAGGGAACAACAGUGCUAAAAAGAAGUCAGAUAGGGCAUUAACCUGAGCAAUAUUAUCCUUACUGAUUUAAUAUGAAAAACUAUGAAAAUAACUCAAGUUCUAAUUAAUGACAAUUAUCCUUUAACAUAGCCAGGUAGCAAAUGCUUAAUGGGAUCAGCCAUUUUCCCCAUAACCAGCUUUGAGACUUAUAUUCUUAAUAUUCUCAUAUCAAAUAAAUUGAGAAACCAACUUCUCACGUAAUUUGCACUCGCUGGUUAGAAAAAAUGUUAAUUAAUCACAGUGACAUUGAUGGAGAAAUGAAAGUAUGUAAAUCUGGCUUGUAAUGGUCAGUGAGUUGGUUCAGUUUUGGUACUUUGUCACCUAAAAAAUCUUAACUGAUCCUAUCCGAUCUACACAUGCAGCUGGAGUUACUAUACAGACUCAGCUUGAGCAUUAUCUAAAACAUGUUAGAGGGAUGUAAUGCAUAAUAUUAAAGUGUUUCUAUAAACCGUAUGGAGGCUGUUUAACCAUCUGAGCCUCAUCCUAAAACUGAAGUAGAUCAUGUGGCAGUACUGGUCACUAACAAGAUUGUUUUUAAUUCAAAAGAGCUUGCCUUUAUUGUAUGGUUGUGAACAAAAUAGGAUAAACACUUCUAAUACAGUGAGAUGCUCUCCUAGUGAAUCUCUGCUCCACAAACUCAGCCUUAUUCUACACUAAGGAUGGUUUUUUGCUGUUGUCCUGUAGCAGGCGAAGAUGUUUGGAUGUGCGAAUAUUAAUACUUGUGCUACACAUGGCAGUGGUCAGUCUUCUUUAAUAUCUAAGCUCUACAGCAAAGGUCUUAGCUGAACCCAUAGCAUGCAACGACACAGCUCAAUACACAGCAGCUGUUUUAUCACUCUCACUACAAAAUGACUUUACUCUGUCAACAAGGUGUGGAAAGUUUCAGUAGCGUGUUAAUAAUGUGUCUGCAUUCAUCUUAUGACGUCAUCUGUUUGUAGUCUGGUCCGCUAUUUGUGUGCUUGUGGAACACAAACCAAAGAAAGUACAGUAGUCAAACUGAAAUGGUGCUGAAGAAGAAGACAGUUUCUUAUCUAACUGCUCCUGAUUGGUUACAAUACAAAAUGACAACUUAUGUCUUGAAGAAUGUCUUUACAAGUGAAGCUGAUGAACGGAGUUACCAGAAAAUCAGUAACUGUGUAAAAACUGAAUUUCAUACAGAUAUUACCACAAUAUAACAUAAAGGAAUGGUUGGACAUUUUAAGGACUUACCAACUCUUGCCAAGAGUUAGAUGAGAAGAUCUAUUUAAAUAUGAAGCUACCGCUGGCAGCCAGUUAGCUUAGCUUAGUAUAAAGACUGAAAAGAGGGGGAAACCACUACCAUGGUUGUGCAAGAGAAGAAAGCAAAUAAGUGUAAAAUGUUGAAACUAUUCCUUUUAACGGUUUGAUCAUUUCUAUCAAAAACUUACAUUUCAAGGGUUUUCUUCCUUUUUACAGCUAUAAUUAACUGAACAGGAUUUUCUUCCUCUCAAAAGCACCUCUGGGAAUCAUAACACACCACUGCAUACUCACUUUUAAAUCUGAAAACUUGUCCCGUUAAUAUCCAUAAUGCAAGUUUCUAACUACAACCAGAAGCCUAAAACGUUGUGAAUGUUUGCUCUCUGUUAUUUAUUACUAAUCUGUUAAAAACACCUGUUGGAUCGCCGCAACCUAUCGCUAAUCUGAAUCUAAUCAAAGCGCAUUCGAUCAAAAAAUAUAACUUAUACAGUUUAAAACAUUUGAGUAAAAUCUUGACCCCAUACGUUUUAUUGGAUGUCUAUACAAUUAGUGCCUUUGUAAACCUGCAGGUUUCAGACCUGCAGCUUGCUGUUCAAGAUGGGGAUGAGAAUAUACCAUAAACUGACUCGCUUGACGUGCACUUCGUUCUUAAAGCUGCUACGGGUAGAACUAAAAACUUGAUGACUUUUGCAACUUCCUAAAUCCCUUAAUGGCCGUUUAUUGUUUACUUUUUUUACUCCUCCAUCAAAGGCUCCUUUUUUCAUUUUAUUGUUGAGGAUGCAGCUGUUAGGAGUUUUGAUGCUUCCUUCCUCUGAAAUUUGAGUUUCUUCACACACGUCUCAAACAAAGUGAGGCAGUUCCCAUCCUGUCCUGGUUGAUGAGGUCAAGCUUGUUGACCUCAUCAUAUACGUAGAAUAAACUCGUGCAUGGCUUCAGUUUCCCACAACAUUUAUUCUGUCAACAUUUAUUUUAAUCUUCUACAUGUAGCAGCUUUAACCUCCAAAACUUGUAGCAGCCUUAAAAUCAGUCAUGUCAUUUGCAAAAUAAGGUGCACUCCUCACUUGUUCAAACACACAAAGUGUUCAGCUAUAAUUUUGCACUUGCUUGUGGUCGUUCUGUGUUAAAUCCUGCAAAACUGCAACUACCUGAUCCUCUUUGAGUUGGUCUUUAUUACGCAGGCACACGGUGCUCCUUGUACAGUAACUCUACUGUAACUAAAUCCAGCACAAGAGAGUCAGAAAGGAGCUUUAAAUUGAUCACCAGCAAAAGUGUGCCCAAUAUUGUAUUGUUUGCACUUGAAUAGUGUGUGAUUCCCUGUGACUUUUACAACCCCCAUUUUUCAUGUGAUUAUCGGAUGUGUAAUGUGGUGAUGUCAGGGUAAACCUCUGCUCAGAAAUGAUCAGCAUGUCUUCACCCUGGAGGGACACAAAAUUCUUAAAAUGUUUGAACAUGAUUGUAACAUGACGCACGUUGUUAUUUGGUGGUGUGUUUUCCAGUCACGUGAAUAACUGGCCAAAUGUACACAAUGUGUGAUGCCUCGCCCACAUACUUACAGCAACUACAGUGUAUUUCUAUGUAAAUUGUAAAUGUCGUGUUGUGGUCUCUCUGAAUCAAACAGCAAGGGCUUCUUUCUAAAGCCGCCAUUUUGCACCAACUUUGAACAAUCACAUGAAGAAAUCAGUUGUUAGAAAAGGACUGAAAGACCAAUUUUUCUACUUAAAAGUGGCCUACAUAGGACUGAAUGCAAUGCAACCACACAGAUUUCAUGUGGUUUGACUAAAGUUAGGGGUAUUACUUUAAUGAUGUUGAAGUGGGUACACAAAAUAGCAUAAUCAGAGAUUGAUGGUAUUUAAUGAGAGAGUGCCCGAGGGGGAGAUGUGUUCAUGAAACAUGUUGCUUUAUAUCGAGAUGAGCUGUCAAAUGGCCAUGUUUCAUCCACCUAAAACUUUUUGUUUUUAACAUUUGCUUGUCCUUCUCCAAAAAGCUCCAAAAUGCAUAAAAACACAAUUUUUUCACUUAAACAAAAAAGUUAUUCUCCUUUAGCUGACCUGUGUUGAGACCUAUGUUUCAGCACCUGAAUCAGCAGAGAACAACACAAGAAUGUCUAAGAGGUACAGCCGAUUAUUAGUAUCUACUUAUUACAUAUUGUGAUUGUUAUCCACCUUUUCUAGUUAUUGGCUGCAGCUGUAAAAUUGGUUUGAAUAUGUAAUUGGAAAGUGAAAUGUCUGACUUCAUAUUUAUACUGUAUAUCAUUCAUCAUAAUCAUUUAUUAAAUCACUAUAGUGGAAAAAUGUUUUAAUGUAUUUUGUGUUGUAUAAGCAAAAGUUGUUCAGAGAACAUGUGAACCCCAUGUUGUUACCAUCCAUCAUUACUCCCGUUCUUUAAUCCAUGAAUGACCAUACUACUGUUUCUUUGGACAAUUAGUCUAAAUCCUAUCAUAGUUAUACUGAUAUGAAUUUAAUAAAGUGAUUCCAUACUUCUCAA